AAACUGAGCGCAAACGAUCCGUAGUAAUCCGUGUUUUCUUUUUUUCUGACGCCAAGAGUACGCAUUGAAAAAAGGAGAGAUUUAUUGCGUUUAGCUUCUUUAGUUUUUCUUGGGAAUAAAUGUAGUUUCUUCGCCAGCUUUCCCUUGCUCCCCUCACUUUUUCCUUUUGCAACCCCUGAAUGUAUAGCGUCCAUGGUAUAGGCCUACAUGCCCUCUUGCCAAGACCUUUGAUACGCCAUGUAGGAUAUAUUGUCAAUAUUUUCAUGUAAUUUGUUUACUUUAUAAAGGUCAAUAUCGUUCACGAGCCCGUUUCUCUUCAGGAGAUAAAUAUCUUUAUCACUGCGACCAAGGAGCUUCCAACACACAAAGACAAGAGAGUCUAGUGUCAUAUUCUGGAAUUGUUCUUUUCCAUCUACAUUCGAAGCCUCGAUUGCGAGCAAUUAAUCCGGAGACACUCAGUUAUAGCACUUUUCCGACGAUCAAGAUUAACCAUGGUUGUCAAGGUUUACGUCGAUCUCCUUUCGCAGCCUUGCCGCGCUCUUGUCAUCUUCCUCAAAAACACCAAAAUCCCGUUCGAAAUUGAGAAAGUAAAUUUGAAGGCUGGAGAACAUAGGAAACCUGAGUUUGUAAAGAUAGCCCCUCUCUGUACCGUACCGGCUAUCCAAGAUGGUGACUUCAGCAUGGGAGAAACAGUGGCGAUUAUCAAAUACCUGGCAACAAAAUAUGCAGACCUAGUCCCUGACCACUGGUACCCGAAGGAUCUAGAAAAAAGAGCCAGAGUUGAUGAAUACAUGGCCUUUCAUCAUACAGGAACAAGAGGAGGAUGUUGUGGAAUCUUCAUCAGCGAAGUUAUCAUCCCAUUGUUUUCGGAAGGGAAAGAGCAUGCAUCGGAGGAAAGGUUGAAAAGAGAUACAGAGAAUUUGACCAAACAACUUGAUAAGCUGGAGAAUGCUUUCUUACAGGACAAUGACUGGUUGGUCGGAGAUGACAUCUCUGUGGCGGAUGUGCUUGCCGUUUCCGAGAUCAUGGAAAAUACCGUAAACGGACGUGACGUCACAGAGGAGAGACCGAAGCUCAGAGCUUUCGUAGAUCGGGUGAAGGACCGUCUUAACCCAACAUUUGAUGAAGUCCACGAAGCCUUGUAUGCAUGGAGGGAUAGCUACAAGAAAUAAAUUUUCUUUAUAAAAUAUGUUUUGAAUUCAAGAAGACUUGCUUGGCAUCAAAUAAUCUAUAAUUUGUCUAAUCAAAAUGUAUCUUGAACAAAAAAUUGUAUACAUUCCAUCUAUUUCCUACGAAUCUGUUAAUUGAUUAUUGAAGUAUUCUUAUGACACUUAUUCUGUUUUGUAUCUUCAUACAUAUGUAUAUAUAUGUUUGUUAUGUUUAUUAUCAGAAAAUGGAAGUGAAAUAAACUAAACUGAACUGAAACUGAAAUAUUAUUCUCACCACUCCCCCCUCUCUCUCUCUCUUCCUCUAUAAACUUUCUGUCUUUUUAUCUCUCUCUCCCCGUCUCUCCCUCCAAAUCCAUCUUUCUGUCCCUGGAUAUAUUAAACACUGUGAAAUAUUAUAUAUUAUCACCCGUAUCAGACAUCUGAGCUGGUCAUUUACAAAACCGUAUUUCCCUGUAUUUUAUUAUUAUCAGGAAGGGAUAGGUAUAUUGUUUGUAUUUUCCUCGGUCUCAAUGCGCGUAUUGACUUUGCAUGCAGAGACGACGCAAAAUAUACCUUUAUAUUUUCCCUGGUCUCACAUCCGGGCCUUUGAGGAUGCGAAUGAAGUGAUACGCUUCAUAAUGUUCCGCGCACCAACGAUCUACGUCAUAAUAAAGACAACGCUGGAUCUGGGCGCUUGCAAGUACGUCAUAAUGGUAAAGUGCAGAGCCUAGACACUGAUAUUAUCAUGACACAACAGAACUCUAUUCUUAAAAGAUAUCACUGUUAUCAUGAUUUUUGCUCUAGAUAUCUGAUUUGGAUGAUAAUAAAAAUAUUGACUGCCCUUCUUUCGGGGAACAUCAAAUAUAUUGCCCUUAAAAGACCCAUAUUGCCCUCGUCUAAAAACUCGGGCCAAUAUGAUUCUUUUGCUGGCAAUAUAUUUGAUGUUCCCCUCAAGACCAGUCAAUAUUAUAUAAUUAUAUCCUACAUAGAGUAAAUCCUGUAUAGUGAUUGGUUCAAGUAGCAUCAUGUGACCUAAUAUAUUUCAACUAUGAUGUUGCGUGACGUCAGACCUCGAUAUAUUUUUGGAUAAACCAAUAUUAUGACGUCAUUAUUUCACAAAACUGGAUAUCUCGGCGCACCGGCUUGCGCGCUCUCUCUCCCGGGCGCGCAAGUCCAGCGCGAUGCGUCAGCGCAGACACUAAUCUGCGUUCCGCUGAGCGCCGUGGCUCGGAGAAAAGUAGGUAAUUCAACGCAAGUAACAGGACUUUGCAUGCUCAGCGCAUAGAUUUUGGUUAUAAAUUAUUAAAAGUAGGAUAUAAAACAAAUAUAUCAGGCGUUUCAUUCGAAAGCAUAGUGGGAAUUAUUAAUCCUCGGUUGAACUGGCAAAACUACUAAAUUUCCCUCGGGGCUUCGCCCCUCAGGGAGAAAUAGUAAUUGCCAGACCAACCUCGGAUAAAUAAUUCCACUAUACUUUCUCAAAGCCUGAUACAUUUGUUUACUAACAUCCAAUUGCCAUAUCUUCUUAUAUUGCAAAGAACCAUUUUCGUCGACUUUUUAAUAGACCUGAUUGUCAACUUCAUUUUCAUGAAACGCUGCGUCACAUAUGAAAUCGUUUAGUAAAUUUUUUCCUCCAAGAACUAGAAAAAUUAAAUUGACAAUUGAUUUAGUGCAUUAGAUAUUUAUUGCUGCAACUUAUUUCAUUAUAAAAGAGACAUAUUAUUCACACAAGUAUGAAAUAAUG